CCACCUAAAAAGAAGUCUGCUCUGCACAAGUGCAACAAGGCUGGAAAGCCUGUUGUUGUUACUCGUGUUGUGGACAGUAUGACGGACAACCUAAGGCCUUCUCGUGUGGAGGCAACUGAUGUGGCACAUGCAGUGUUGGACGGUAGUGAUGCCAUUCUCCUUAGUGCUGAGACUCUCCGUGGGUUGUAUCCAGUUGAGACUAUGUCAACAGUAGGCAGAAUUUGUGCUGAGGCUGAGGUCUUCAACCAGGAUUUGUACUUCAAGCGAACCAUGAAAUACGUGGGAGAACCCAUGACCCACUUGGAGUCUAUUGCUUCCUCUGCAGUGCGGGCUGCUAUCAAAGUUAAGGCUUCGGUCAUCAUUUGCUUCACCUCAUCUGGACAGGAGAAAAAGAGUAUUUCUUCUUAUAGACGCUUCACCUCAUCUUGUAGUUUAAUGGAAAUUGAUUCAUAUAUUAUGCCGUAUCGAGUAUCUGCAGGCUAAUUGUCAAGUACAGGUCCACCAUGCCGUUCCUCGUCUAAAAACAAAUCAAUUGAAGUGGAGCUUCACAAGCGCAUUUGAAGCAAGACAAUCACUCAUAGUUAGAGGCCUCUUUCCCAUGCUUGCUGA